CAUCGCUGUAGAUUUCAACUGGUGUUAACUUCACCGACUGGCUCCAGGGACACUUGCUUCAGAGCAGAACAACCAGGAGAGGUGUGGGUGGGGGGGACAGGUGGGGUAGGAUUCACCAACAUGGACCUGACCGUGCUGUUCCUAGUGCUGCCUCUGUGGAACGUAAGAGGAACUCGUCCGUCCAGCUUGACGGAGAAGAAAGUGGCUCUAAUGGAUUCAUCGACUAUCAGCACCUUCGGAUUAUCUCAGCCUGGCUUCAAGAGGUUGAAAAGGCAAAGCGACUGUGGGCCUAAGGAGUAUUGGUCAGAACAUUCAACCCUCUGUUGUGCCACGUGCCGUGCAGGUCAGUACGUGAAAAAAUCUUGCAGUAAAACCGAGAGCUCCACCUGUCAAGCAUGCCAGCCAUCCAAAACGUUUACAGAUAUUGAAAAUGGUUUGUCUGAUUGUCGUGCAUGCAAGACUUGCCAAGAGAACAACGGUCUAAAAACAGAAGAGAAUUGUACCACCACCCGCGACACGAAAUGCAGUUGCAGAGAAAAAUUCUACUGUGAUAAAAGUCCAUGCAGCCGCUGUUCAAAUUGCAAAGUAUGUAAGGAGCCCAAUGAAGAGAUCGCCCACGUUUGUACACGCACCAAUGACACAGUCUGCAGAGCAAGGACAAAAGGAAACAACCGCCAUUUGGGUUGGCUGGUAUUAAUACCGAUCAUAAUGAUUGUAGUAGGAGUUUUUCUAUACAGGAAAAGAAAAUCCUUCCCAUGUAAAAGAAAGCCACAAAAAUCCCCGGAACAAGUGUCAUUUAUUGGUAAAAAAGAGGCCAAACCAGAGGAGCCAGAUGUACCAGACGUCGAGCUUUCGGAUGGGGAUAUGCAUAUGAUAGCGGACGAGAUUGAGCCGCGGCAAUAUCACCAGCUUGGGAUAAGCCUGGGGCUGACGGAACCCAAACUGCAGCAGAUCGAAGCCGAUUACCGGGACGAUAAAAGCCGGCAGGGAUUCGCCAUCCUGUACGAAUGGCUCAAGGGCAAUGGGAAGAGAGGGGCCCUCCCAAAGCUGAUCGGGAUCCUUCGAAGUUUAGGGUGGAUGCUGGCAGCAGACAACAUCGUGACCAAAUUAAGCAGCACCGAAGAAAUCGGCGUUGAAAUUCCCGAAAAGGAUGUGAGUGAAACUAACGGAGCGACUGAACAUGUAUCCGUAGCUUAG